CAGCAGCAGAUGUCCCUGGGUUAGUUAUAUUUGUCCAGCAGCAGCUGUCCCUGGGUUAGUUACAUUUGUCCCAUUGUCACAGGCUCAGCCCCCUCCAUGAGUUCUGGAUCCUAGCUGCCUGUGGGUUAAGCAGGAGUAAGAAGGCUGUGUACAAUCUGACCUCAGACAACAUUCCAGAGUGGAUCACUAAACUAAUUAAUUGAGCCUGCUGAACUAAAGGGUGCCGAGAAUAGCCAGUCAUUUGAUGUAUCCCAGUAAUCAUUGCAAGGCGACAGUGAGACAGCAGAAAGUAAUGAGUGACCCUGUGUAUAGCAAUUCACUUACUGCUAAUACAAACCCCAUAAUGAUACAAACAGGAGAGAAAUUGUUUACUUCUACUGAGUGUGAAAAGACUUUUGCAUUAAAAAAAGAUCUUCAUGAAAGGACUCACUCAGGAGAGAAACCUUAUACCUGUACAGAGUGUGGGAAAGGAUUUGCCUGUAAAAGUAAUUUGCAAUGUCAUGAAAGGACUCACUCAGGAGAGAAACCUUAUACCUGUACAGAGUGUGGGAAAGGUUUUACCUUUAAAAAUAGUUUGCAAUAUCAUGAAAAGACUCACACAGGAGAGAAACCUUUUACCUGUACAGAGUGUGGGAAAGGUUUUACCUAUAAAAAUAGUUUGCAAAAUCAUGAAAGGACUCACACAGGAGAGAAACCUUAUAGGUGUACGGAAUGUGGGAAAGGAUUUGCAAAACAAAGUCAUUUGCUAUAUCAUCUAAGGACUCACACAGGAGAGAAACCUUAUACCUGUACAGAGUGUGGGAAAGGAUUUGCCUGUAAACACACUUUGCAAUAUCAUGAAAGGACUCACACAGGAGAGAAACCAUAUAGGUGUACAGAGUGUGGGAAAGGAUUUGCCUAUAAAAAAACUUUACAACAUCAUGAAAGGACUCACACUGGAGAAAAACCUCAUACAUGUACAUAUUGUGGGAAAGGCUUUGCACAACAAGGUCAUUUGCUAAAUCAUCUAAGGAUUCACACAGGAGCGAAACCUUUUACCUGUACAGAGUGUGGGAAAGGAUUUAAACAACAAGUUCAUUUGCUAAAUCAUCUAAGGAUUCACACAGGAGAGAAACCUUAUACGUGUACAGAGUGUGGGAAAGGAUUUACAUAUCAAUGUCAUUUGCAGUAUCAUCAAAGGACUCACACAGGAGAGAAACCUUAUACCUGUACAGAGUGUGGGAAAUGUUUUACCUUUAAAAAUACUUUGCAACAUCAUAAAAGGACUCACACAAGAGAGAAACCUUUUACCUGUACAGAGUGUGGGAAAGGAUUUGCCUACAAAAAAACUUUGAAACAACAUGAAAGGACUCACACAGGAGUGUGGGAAAGGACUUGCAUACCAAAGUAGUUUGCAAUACAUUGAAGGGGCUCCUACAGCAGAGAAACAUUAUACGUGUACAGAGUUUGGGAAAGGUUCUACACAAAAGAGACCUCUUCAAACUCAUACAAUGAUUCACUUAAAGGGAUAGAUAAUAGAAGUAAAUUGGAAUGUUGUUUACAAUUGUAUUCUCUACCUGAAUCAUAAUAGAAAAAGUUUGUGUUUAGUGUCCCUUUAAGAAAAAUCUUACAAAUGUAAAAAAAGAAAAAAUUCAAGUGAUCAUAGAAAAAAAAUAAAAUGGCUUUAGUCACAUGGCAUAA